AUGCAUAAUAAUAAUAACAGCCUGCCUGGAGGCUGGCGCUCGAAUGAUCCAUCGUUCAAGUCAAAUCAUCAAAAAGAAGGCGGCGGCGGCGGCUAUAAAAACAAAGCAUCGGGAAGUGCAAUGGAAGAAAAAAUCCCGGAAUGGCUGAACGAUGGUCCAAAAUCGAUGCAUGAUAUGAUCGAACUGCGCGGUUUCGACGAGGACAGCUCCAAGAACACCAAAUAUUCGAUGCAAAACGCAAAGGAUAACUCUGUGUGCUCGGCACAUCACGGUCAUUCCUACUGCAUGAACGGAAUAAAUGAGCAGAUGGACAUGAAAAAGGGCGAUUUACCCGAAUGGCGACAUUCUGCACCGAUUGCUAGCGACAUGGGCUCACUGCCCGCUGGCUUAUCGCAGAUUCGGCUCAGUGACGAUAAUGGGGCCGAAAUUCUCAGUCAGUCGACUGGCUUAGCUGAUAACGGAAACUCGUUGUCCUCUUUACCAUCACUCAAUGGUAAAUUGCCAAACACGGAUGCUGAAUUUGCGGCAAUUGUUGGGAUACUUGGCGACGCGGACUUAGAUUCGCUUAAAGAGGUAAGUGUAUCUUCCUUCGUUUUGCAUAACUGGGAUUUUUUUCUCUGUUCACAGAGACUCAGCUCUAACGCUUGA